AUGCUUGCCGCGACGUCGUUCGGGUGGGUGGCCAAGCAGAUCGACCUGCUGACGGGCGACAAGGCUCGAAGUGCGGUGAGCAUCGAGAACAUCAAGAUCAAGGGUUUGAGGUCGCUCCGUGAUAGCAUGGUCGAGUACAUCUGCAAUCUCAUCGCCGAAAAACGAUCUGCGCCGCCGACUUCAGGAGCCGUCGGACCCGCCGACAGUGCGAUUGAUGACGACGGCGCGGAAAGUCAGACGGCGCCCCAAGCAGCAGCUGCCGCCCAGCACCAGGUGGAAUUGCCGGUGUCCGCGGAAGGAGGAACCGGUGGAGGAGGAGGCGACGAUGUGGCAGAGGGGGAGGAGGAGGACGAGGCGGUGAAGCAGAAGGUCGAGGAGGAUGACGAGGAGGAGGAGGAGAAGGACGAAAACAAAGAGGUGGAGGUGGUGGAAACGAAGGAUGAGGCGGUGAAGGACCAGGAGGGGGUGGAUGACGAUGUGCAGUACGAGCUGGAGUACGCCGACGGUACGGUUGAGGCGGUGGGGUCGGCGGAUGAAAAGUACGAGGAAGCGGAGGAUGGCGAAGCGGGUAAUGCUACGAGGUCGACAGAUGGGGGGAAGGAGAAGGAGGAGGGCGGCGUGGAGGCAACGACGGAAAAGGGCCAGGAGGAGGCGGCGGCUGUCGAAGGUGGGAAGGUGCCGGUCGACGCCGGCGAAGGGGCGAACAUCACGGGCGUGCAGGAGACAGGGGAAGCAUCUGGUCGGCACCUUGCUGAACUGGACGACGUCGACGACACCGAGAAGUAUGCGGCGGAACAGCUGCGAAACGCGACGGCGGGCAUGUCGAAGACCAUCACGGGCGAAGUCACCGGCAGCUUCGACGAAGCGUUGAAGUCAAUGAAGACCUUCGCGGAAGAGGCGUCGGCGUGGAUGGAGGACUUCGACAAUCCGGUGGGACAUGUGGCAUGUGCACGCGCGGAAGCUGUCGACGCCAUGGCCGAGCACGUGAACGGGGUGGUGAGCGCAGCGAGGCGGGGUUUGGAGCUGUACAUCACGAAUCAACUAUCCGCCGCGCAGGUCAACAUCGCCACCGCUGUGACCUCCAGGCUCCCCGUGCAGCCGCCGCCACCGCCUCAGCCCACGCCGCCCGCCCUCCCGGAAGAGCUCUUGAAGUCACUCAAGGCCGACAUCAUGAAGACGGUGACGGAGGCCACCCAGCAGUCGUUCGUUGCUUCCGGGAUGAAGACGUUGACCGGCACUGUGGCGCCUGGUCGAUGUGGGUCGUCGCCGUCGGCCAAUGACGCCGAUCACGCGCAAAGGAGGGCGGCCAACAAGCAGGGCCAGAAGAGGACGGGCGACGGUGACGACAAGAAGAGCGCGAAGCGGAGCAAGGGAUCGGACGGGAGCCGCGGCACGAAGCCUCCUGCUCAGAGCGUGGUCGACCAGUUGAAGGCGAAGGCGGGGUGGACGGUGUUGAGGACGUCGAACAGGAAGGGAGGCGGAAGCGGGGGAACAGAGGGUGGCCCUGCCAACGGGGUCGCCUCUGACGUCGCUGCACCGCCUGACCCGCCUUUGGUCGCCGAGCAGAUCCAUCCUCAGGCGAGCGGUGGGAAAGGCACGGCCGACAAGAAGGUCCCUACUGCUCCGGCGGCGAUAGAUGGCGGCGCCGGAACCACCAAGGGACCCUCCGUCGUGGUGGCGGCCAAGGGCAACGCGAAGGCUGCUUCUGCUACCGUCGCCGGAACCAGCAAGUCGAUUCCCCCUCCAGCAGCCCCGUCUGCCGCCAAGGGCGAUGCUCCGGCAUCAGCUAAGGUGCCCGCCGGCAGUAACACGCUAAGGGAGAUGCUCCGCCGCAUGGAUGCACAUCGCAGGGACGUGCAGCAGCCUCCCGUGGUCGACGCCGCCCUUACCGAAACAGCACGUCGCUCCGUCACUUCGCAGGUUGCCGGCAAAUCGUCCGGUGCCCCACCUGCCGCGCCUCCGGUCGCCGCCCCACCGAUCGCGGACCCCAAGUCCGCGUUUCUUCGCGCCCAUUUAGGCGCACGCAAAGCGGCAGCUCCACCAGUCACUCAGCCGGAACCCGGCACAAGCGCGACGCCGACGUCGGUAAACACGACCGCACCCACACCAGGUACAGCUGUGGUCGAUGUGGCGGCGGAGAAGGGUGUGAGUGCAGCGCUAGCCACCGGCGGCCGAGCUGACAGGCAUGCCGACCUCGCUGCCGCUCUGGCCCAUUUUAAAGCAGCAAAACGCCCCGAGCACGGCCCUGCCCUGGCCAUCAUGGACACGGCGCAUGUGGAGCCGUCGGCGACACACGGAGGGGGUUCAGCGGAGCAGACGGCUGCAACGGGUGCUGUCGCCGAGAGAAAUGCGGGACGGAAGGGGAAGAACGACACCAGGAAAGGGAAGGCGGUCUCUCAGAGGAGCACGCGGGCGAUGUCGGUGGGGAAGGAGAUGUCGGAAGAGAAAGGGAAGAAGCCGGCAGGGAAACAGGACAAGACGGCCGGCAAGGGUAAGCCGGCGAAGAAGAAGGCGAAGGCAGAGGAGGUGGAGGAGGAGGAGGAGGCGGACGAGGCGGGCGGCGAGGGAGAUAAAGAGCAUGGACGCCGGGGUCAUGGCAUCCGCCGAGACAGGUCCGGCGACAGGCGUGGGUGGGUCGGCGAGAUUAAGGUAAACGGCCAGAAUCGAUACAUCGGCAAGUCGCGGGAGAAGAUGGAGCUGGCCUACGAGCACGCGAUUGCGUACUUCGUCUACGACGGCUACGUGAGCAAGGUGCUCAUGAAGGAGCUCACCGCCUUGAAGCCGGGAGAGUUGGAUGAAUGGAAGGCGGUGUGGGAGGAGGUCAAGUUCCUGCCAACCGGGAUGUGGACGGUGAUGUGGGCCAGAGGCUUGUGCCAUCCGAGAGCAAGGUUCGACGACAUACUCGGCAGGUUCCGUGGGUACGCGAGUUCGGGUGAUGCGCUUCAUGACGUGCUCUGGCCGGCGAUCUGGUUCCCCAUCAUCGAAAACACGGAGGAAGGCAAGGAGGAGACAAACGCUCUCAUGUCGGCGAUGGCAAAUCGCGUGUCGAUGUGCGCGGCGUAUGGGAAGGUCGCGGCGAGCGCGGCGUUUGGGAAGGCGUUAGCGGCAUCUGCAUGCGCCCUCUGGUGCUUCGUCGAGACGGGGGCGUCGGUGCUCGGUGCUGUGGGCGAAGGGAAGGCGGCCGCGAUGGUGGCAGGUGUGGGGGAGGAGAGGGCCGAGCACUUCAAGAAGGUCAUGCACGCGGUUAUCGACUUAGCACGCAGUCGGCAGGCUCCCCUGGGGGAGGUUGCACAUAACGUCGCGCCAGAGCUGCAGCGCCAUGCAGUGGCCAGGGCCUUCGAGGCGGGAAUUGAGGAAGUCGAGGCCGACAUGAUCGCAAGAGCGACGGUCGAGACCUUGGCGUUCUGGGGAAUGUGCCCCGUCGCCGGGCCCAAGCUCAAAGAGCAGGGCAUCGAUGUGCCGUGUGACGCGAAGAUGGAGUACGAUUUGGAGCACAGGGGGAGGAAGGGUGAGAAGGUCAAGCAGGCCAAGGGCAGCAAGAGGAAGAAGACGCAGGCGGGCAAGCAGGCCAAGGACAGUACAGAUGCGGUUUCGGCGGACGGAGGUGUUUAG